CAUGAAUGGCCGAGUGUAAACACAUCCUCACAGCCCACAGCAGACAGGAGGGAAGGGCUGAUAAAGUGACCCGUAGAAGCUGAUGUAUGGAGUAGGGGAGAGUGUUAUUUACCUUAAAUACAUGUGAGAGGGAAGGAGAAUAAUGUCUGGUGGUCGUCGUCUGGCUGUUGGUCUCUCACAGUGUUGGCUGAGCCUCAACACCCAAGUAUUAUUAUCUCGGGCAAACCGACAAUCAGCUGUAAUUUUAAGGAACUAUAGCCAGUAUCCUCCCACCUUCGUGAAGCCAAUAUACCAACCUGCUCAGCAGAAGGAUUUAAUCGAAACUGGUGAAGUAAAAAAUCUUGAAUUUACUCCAGUGAGAGCAGCAUACAACAGUCACACCAGCUCUGUCUUUCAUGACCCCUUACUCAGGAAGUUUAUAAAUCAUGUAAUGAAGACUGGGAGAAAAGAUUUGGCGAGAAAUCUUGUGGAACAGACAUUUGAGACAAUCAAACGAAUACAACUGCAGAAGUUCAAUGAGGCAGAAACUGAAGAGGAAAAGGCAAACAUUGAAUGCAAUCCUCUUGUUAUCUUUCACCAAGCUGUGGAGAACGGUCGUCCAGUCUUACAGCUGAUACCCAUUAAGAGAGGAGGUAUAAAAUAUCAGGUGCCUGUCCCAAUAACAGAAAAGCGAUCGCACUUCAUUUCUAUGCGUUGGUACAAGCAGGCAGGGAAGGAGAAGGAACGCACAGUUCACUUUCCUGAGAAACUAGCAAGAGAAUUGUUAGCUGGUGCCAAGAAUGAGGGCCGAGUGGUAAAACAAAAGCAUGAUCUUCAUCGCCAGUGUGAAGCCAACCGUGCUUAUGCUCACUACCGUUGGAGCUAAUUUUUUUGACCAUAAUGAAAUUUCAGCAGGAAGCACCACCUCCAACCUCAUUAACUUCAUUUCUAAAUGUACAGUUACAACUACAAAGGUGUAAGUUAUAUUAUAGUAGUAGUGGUGUAGUAGAUCAUUGUACCAGUGUGUGACAUAUAAUAUUGUUUGUAUAGAACUCUUAUGUAUGCCAGCAUACAUCAAGAGAUAAAGUUUUCCAGAACCAAUUAUAGUAGUAAGGUCUAUCUGCUGAACACAGUUUGUGUAUAAACUUCACAGAUAAGUUGCUUGUGUAUCAUACAGUAUGUUACUCAUCAGAUUGUUCAUUAAAUAUAUAAAUACAGUA